GCUGGCGUGUGGGUAGCGGUAGUGUAGUAGCGGUUAGCUACGAACCGGUUCAGGGCCCUCCCCUAAGUCCACUGAGCCUCAAAUAAUUACCUGGUGCGGUGUGUAGUAAACUUCGCCACGAGGGAGACAAAGGCGGACGGGCGUGGUAGCUGGCCACCCACCCCCUCGUGUACCGCUCCGGCUUUUAUAGAAAGCCGAGCGAUGAUGCUGAUGGGACCCGCUGUACGGGGAGCUGUCCGCCGGGCGGUCGUGCUGUUCGUGGUGGGAGCGACGCUCGCGCUGCUCAUGGAGCUGCUCCUGCAGCCGCCGGCGUCGCGCUCCGGCCUCCUCUCGGCCGGCUGGUGGGUGCCGCCCGUGUGCGGCACGGCCGCCGCGGUGAUCGGGCUGCUGUACCCAUGCUUGGACAGCUGCCUGGGGGAGCCUCACAAGCUGGAGCGCGAGUGGGCGAGCGUGCUGCGCUGCGUGGCCGUGUUUGUGGGCAUCAACCACGCCAGUGCCAAACUGGAGUUUGCGAACCCGACGCAGCUGUCUCUGACGCUGGCCGCGCUCUCCCUGGGGCUCUGGUGGACGUUCGACCGCUCGCGGGGAGGCCUCGGCCUGGGCCUCGUCUGCGCUUGUACUGCCACCCUCCUCACGCAGCUGCUACUACGCUGCGGCCUCGCACAGUUCUCUGCCGACGACCUGCUGUCUGUGAGGUCAUGGCUGCCAUGCAUUUUCUUCGCGGGAGGGGUCACGGUGGGGAGCAUUGGGCGGCAGCUCGCCAUGUGCGAGGGCGAGGCCAAGCCGGAUCAUCUGCACGCCGACUGAGCGACGGGACCGCUAAGGAGCUCACGGGCUCCACGUGGGGGGGGGGGGGGAAUCGCCACCCCUCUCCCUGUCUGUUGCUAUCAUCGUCGUCAUCGCCGCUGUCGUCACGGCGACCGCGGCCUCUGCCAAAAUCGCGACGCUGCGCUCGACUGUUGCGCCACGUCGCUCGAAGCAAAUUUCUCUCAGCAUGGGGGCCGCGUCGUCUGCGCCCCCGUACGUACAAAAAAACACCGUCCGUCGCUUGCGUGCUAGCGCAGCAUGCAGCAUCCAGGUGGGAGGGGAGGGCAAACGGGGCAGGUUCCACCCCCCCCCCCGCCCCCCCCGUGACACGAGUGUCUUGGUGUGCACGUAGCACGCACGCGUGGGGGGGGGGCUGUGGUGCAGUGGUGAACUCGAUCCUUCGACGGGCACACCUGGUGCGGGGAACGUACCACAGAAGGCAUGGUGCCGGGCACACCCCGCUCCCUCGUGCGCCGCCACGCCAGCCUUUAUAGGUGCUCGCAAACAGCACUUAACACCCCCCCCCCUCCGCCCUCGUCUUUAAAGGCGAUAGCGAUCGUUUUUUCUUUCGUGUACAAUGUAUAAUUUACGUGUAUAUAACUUGCAGUGUUUGUGACUUUGUGUACGUGUGCAUGCAUUGCGUAUAUACGCGAGUGCUCUCGGAAAACAAUUUGCCCCCCCUCUCCACUUCCAACAUGGGGUGCCCCCCCUUGAUGCGAUGACACUACAGACACGUUGGGUGAACCCUCCCCCCGGCAUCGUCACGCGAAGACCGCAUGUCGCCGCAGCGUUCUUGUGCACUACUCUUUCUCCCCGAUGGGACAUGAGGCUACGAUGGUCUCUCUCGCUCGCUCCAUCUUUUCCUUCCCUUGGCUGCAUGCUGUGCCUCUUCCCCAUGACCCAAGCUCGUUGGUGACCUCAUGAGCCACAGGUCCCAUGAUUGCACGAGGUCUGCUUGCUCCCAUCAAUUUGUGUGGACGUCUUUGCCAGUCGCAACCACCGUGCUCAUCCAUUAUCCCCUCCAUGUCGUCUCCCUCUUGAAGCCAGUGGCAUCUCCAGAGCCCUCGUCCACGGUGCUGUGCCCAAACCAAAGUCUUGCCCCCCCAACACUAUCCACCCAUGGCCAAGGCACCGGGACGUUUGUAGCAGAGGUCACACUCGGGUACCCGAUACUCGUACCCUACCCGAUACCCGGCUACCCGUACCCGGCCGGGUACGGGUAUCCGUUUGCGACCCUGGUGCGGCCGUGUACGGGUACGGGUAGGCCGUGAGUCACUGGUGAGUAACCGUUUGUCACUCAUUUCCCAACGUCUUGUCUCUUCUCACAAUUCAAGUUCCUAGAAUCAACCCACCCGCGCCUGCAACAUGGCUUCAUCCCAGAGGUCGCAAUCGGGUACCCGUACCCUACCCGAUACCCGGCUGGGUAUCGGGUAGUCGGGUAGUCGGGUAGUCGGGUAUCGGGUACGGGUACCCGUUUGCGACCCUGGUGCGGCCGGGUACGGGUAAGGAAUCAAAACCCGUUUGCGACCUCUGGUUUGUAGUGGGGGGGGAUAUUGUCGGUGGAUGUGACUGGCAAAGAGGAACCCAGGCAUUGCUGGAGAAAGGAAAUGGGAGCAGGAGACAUCUCCCUCCAGAGGCGAAUCCCAGACAUCAAUCUGACCCCCUUCCAUCUGUCCCAUCCCUAGUACACUCCACGAAAUGUGAAGCUUUGCACGGCAGUAACACAGAUUGCCAAAAUAUGAAGGUGUGCCAGCCGGACUUUCGGCCGUGUUACUUGCGUGUGAUGGUCCUGUUCCCCCUCCCCCCUUCCACGUAUGCACUCCUCCUCCCUCACUCCGCGCCAGUGUUUAGACAGAAUCGCGUUCUGUGGACGCUCCAGAGUCCGAUGUUACACUCGUGUUAUUAAAAGUUUAUUUUGAUU